AAUGUCUAAUAAUACACAAGGAAAGAAAACCGUCUAUAUUGGUGAUUCUAGAUUAUUGUCCAGAGUUAAACAGAUCGUCCUUGAAAAAUUUAACAAUAAAAGAAUAGAUAUAUGUGACUUAAGUGAAAUACUAGUAAAACGAUUUGCUGAGUACAAUCGAAGGAAAAGAAAACCGUUUGAAAAAUCUGUUGAAAAAGCCGUAUCCGAGCUAAUACGUUUGAAAGCCAUACCAGAACAACCAGAAGAAAGCGAUUCAUUUUCAGACGACAACGAAUCAUAUGUUGAAUAUAAAGAUACCAACUCAGUAAAUAACCUCAUGACUAAUUUAUACAAAAGCUCUCCUAAACCAAAACCAAUAGAUAAGUUCACGGAAGCAACCGAAAAAGCACCAAAAGAAACUCUAUCGGAUAAUAUUGAAAAAAUGGAAGAUGAAAGACCUGUCAAGAAAAAGCGUAAAAUAGAAUUUAAAAAAAAACAAACCGUAGAAAUAACUAAAUCUACAACAACAUUCGACGAUGUUGGUGGAUGCGAAGAGAUACUUUUGGAAAUUUGUAAAUUAAUUACUCAUAUAAGACAUCCUGAAAUUUAUAGACAGAUCGGUGUAACAGCUCCAAGAGGUAUACUUCUUCAUGGACCUCCUGGGUGUGGAAAAACUUUAGUUGCUAACGCUAUUGCAGGAGAAUUAAAUGUAAAUUAUAUUAAACUGGCAGCAACAGAAAUUGUCUCAGGUGUUUCAGGAGGAAGCGAAGAACGAUUGAGAGAAGUUUUUGAUCAAGCUGUUGAAAGUUCUCCAUCGGUUUUAUUUUUGGACGAAAUAGAUGCUGUAAUGGGGAAGAGGGAAAAUGCUUCCAAAGAAAUGGAAAGAAGAAUUGUUUCUCAGCUUCUUACAUCCUUAGAUGAUCUCAGCGAAAAAGAUGCCAAUGUUCUUGUGAUAGGAGCUACUUCAAAGCCAGAUAAUUUAGAGCCAGCCUUAAGGAGAGCUGGAAGAUUUGAUCAUGAAGUAUGUCUAGGAAUGCCCGACUGUCCUGCUAGAGGAAAAAUUUUACAUAUUCUUACAAAAAAUAUGGCUUUGCGAGACGAUGUUGAUAUUGAUAAGAUUGCAAUUUUGACUCCUGGUUUCGUUGGUGCUGAUUUGCAGUCUGUUAGUAGAGAAGCAGCAUUAAGUGCAGUACAUAGGGAAUUAGACACUCCGGAGGAUCUGUCUUUAGCUAGAAUGUGGCUUCAGAAUCCUCAGACUUUGUCAGAUGAGCGUUUAUCAAAUUUAAAAAUUACAAUGGAAGAUUUUGUUAAAGCUACAAAAAUGGUUCAGCCAUCUUCAAAACGAGAAGGAUUCGCUACAGUUCCAGGAGUUAGUUGGUCUGAUGUUGGAGCAUUACAUGAUAUACGAGAAGAGCUACAUCUUGCUAUUGUUGCACCUGUUUUUCACGCUGAAGCAUGGAAUAAGUUGGGUUUGAGACGAGCAGCCGGAGUACUUUUGAGUGGUCCGCCUGGUUGUGGAAAAACUUUACUUGCAAAGGCUGUGGCUAACGAAGCGGGCUUGAAUUUUCUUUCAGUUAAAGGUCCGGAAUUACUGAAUAUGUAUGUUGGAGAGUCUGAAAGAGCUGUAAGGCAAGUGUUUCAAAGAGCAAGAAAUUCAGCUCCGUGUGUUAUUUUCUUUGACGAAGUUGAUGCCCUUUGCGGUAAAAGAGGACGAGAAAGUUCAGAAUCAUCUGCUCGAGUAGUUAAUCAGCUGCUAACAGAAUUAGAUGGCGUGGACGAUGGUCGGAGUAAAGGAGUAUAUGUUCUAGCUGCUACUAAUCGUCCUGAUAUUUUAGACCCUGCAUUACUCAGACCAGGAAGAUUAGAUAAAUUACUUUACGUUGGAUUGCCUGCUGAAAAUGAUCGAUUAGAUAUUUUAAAAGCCAUAGUCAGAGAAAAGCCACCAUUAGCCGAUGAUGUUCACUUAGAAGAGUUGGCCAAAAAGAUGGAGUAUUAUUCUGGAGCCGACAUUGCAGCAGUUGUACGUGAAGCUUCCGUUAUUUCCCUAAGGGAAUGGCUAUCUGGAGGAAAAAAAGAUUACACAGUUAUAGUUCAUUUGAGACAUCUUGAACAGGCACUUACUAAGGUGAAACCAUCAGUAUCAGUACAGGAAAAUGUUAAUUACUUUAAAUAA